UCGGACACCAUGCUGGAACGCGGAACGAUAACGACGCUGCUGGGGCUGCUCGCGUUCGCACCAUCAGCUGAUCGGCAGGUUGUGCUGGCGUUUCGCAAAUCAUUUGAAGAGCUCAGUGUCCACACACUUCCGGAUUCUGGUUCACUCGAGGAUUGUUCGCUUCGUUUACAAAAGCUCCCGAAUGAUGAGCUGCCUGCGCCGCCCAUGGAAGAGUUUCCAUCGUUUUCGCGAGAGUUUGCCCAUCUCGCGGCACUGGGCUGGAAAUCAACCGGUGGUGGUGAUAUCGAGUGGCGUUGUAGUGGCACUCUGAUAGCGGAGGAUUUCGUCCUUACUGCGGCGCACUGCACGCAAGAUGAAGGCGUUGAACCGACGAUCGUGCGCUUGGGUGAUCUAGAUCUGUACAGCUCGAAGGACGACCGGUACGCGCAGCAGAUCGAAAUAGCCGAGAUUAUCCGCCAUCCGGAAUUCAACUUCAGCAGCGCGUACCACGACGUAGCGCUGCUCCGGCUGAAGAAAUCCGUGACUGUCACCGAUUUCGUUACGCCGGCGUGCCUGUACACCAACGAUUCCUUGACGUUCGAGAAGCUGUACGCGACGGGAUGGGAUUUUUAUGCCGAAGUGUCGCCACCGAUCGUGGCCACUCCGCUCGAUCCGAUCAAUCAGGAUCGGUGUAAGUUUUGGUACCGUGACAACAAGGAAGCGUUCCGGAAGGGCAUCAAUCGGAUGCUGAUGUGUGCCGGUGAUGAGCGGUUGCAGGGCUGCCCAAGUGAUACCGGUGGACCGUUGCAGGUGAAGCUGUUGUCCAGCUCACGGUACACGCCGUUUGUGGUCGGUGUGGCGGCACUUGGUGUACCGUGUGGUUCCGUUACGCCCGGGGUGUACGCGAAAAUUCCCCAUUAUAUCCUGUGGAUCGAGGCGGUCACGAAGCGUGUGUAUCAUCCGCCGGAUUGUGUCGUGCGGCAUAUCUCGAAGCGUGAGGUGGACACCUCAUUGGUCGCACGUGAAUUGCAGACCACCGUCCAGGAGACUCAUCUGACCGGCAGGAAGGGCACGCUGGCGGCAAAUCCUUUGCGUGCUAAAUUGCACGUAUUCAAAGAAUUUAAGUGCGCCGUCGGGAAGGAUGGUGAGAACGUGGAGUGGAUUUGCGGUUGCACAAUUGUUGCACAGGACUUCGCCCUUACGUCUGCCCGGUGCGUCAAGGAUGUAGAGGUCGACGUGGUGAACUAUCGCAACGACUGGAAAAAGAUAGCCGAAGUAAUCUUCCACCCGGAGUACGACAGGAAGACGCUGUACAACGAUCUAGCACUGAUUCGGCUGCAAACCGACAACCGCAACCGGUACGACUGGAAGGCGGUCUCGUGUAUUGCCGCACCCGACGGUGACGAUCAAAGGGAAUACCUUUCGUUCGGCAUUGGGCCGUACAAUCUGAACGACGACGGGCGCAUGGAUGGUAAUGCGGACGGCACGGAGCGCUACAUAACGGCCACGUUGCAGUUGGUGGCGAACGCGAACUGCACCGAAGCGUACAAGGGCUACGGUAUCCUGAAGGCGGGCUUGAACGAGACGCAGUUCUGCCUCGGAUCGGGCGGUGGUGACCAGCUUGUGCCGGGCGCGUGUGAACCCUGGAACGGCAACGAGGUGUUGGGUGAAAUCCGACCCAUGGGUGACGCCACCUGGACGCAUCCAUUUCCGGAGGAUCUGCUGGGCGUGAGCUCGUACGCACCGGAUUGCGGCUUUGGCCGGCGGCCACUCGUGGCGUCGCGUGCGAUCGCCUUUCUCGGCUGGCUGAACGCGGUCAUCUAUAAGACGGCGGAUGUGCACGCGGUUCCGAUGGUUCUGAUGGAGAAGGAGCUUUCGCUUGACUACAUCUGUGAGGCGUCCGACCGGGAAGCGGGCGUAUGCGCGCAUCUCGACCACUGUUCGCACCGGGCACUGGCUAAGGACGUGAUCAAGGUGUGCACCAACGAAACGGCCCCCAUCGUGUGCUGCCCGGUGAACUCGUUCAUUGCGACCGCGCAUCUACCGUUGCUGACUGAGUGUGAGACGAACUACCAGCGGUUCCGUCGGAAGUACGCUGACUUCGUGGGAUCGGCCGGUGCCGGGCAACCGGUGCCACCCGGUGAUCAACCACAUGCAGCCAUGAUUGGGUGGAAGGUCAACAAGACGGCUACGGCGUGGCAUUGUGCGGGUACGCUGAUUAAUCUGAACACGGUCCUCACGACGGCCGGUUGCGCCAACAGUGUCCGCAGACGCAGCCCGGAAGUGGUGAGCGUCGGGGAAACGUCCGUCGGACGGAUCUACGACGGUGAGGCGCAAAUCAUCCGCGUUAAGGAGACGAUCCGGUAUCCGAGCUAUAAUCCCAAAACGCACGACAACGACAUCGCGGUGUUAAAGCUGGAAUCGGACGUGUUUGUCAACGAGAACGCGGUACCGGCGUGUUUGUGGCGUGAUCUGAACCGUACGCCGUACUACGGCCGGGAGGUUCACUUCGAUGGUCAGUCUUUCUCGGCGCGAGACAAAAACGUAGUGCACAACCGGGACUGCCAGCUGUUCACUUCACACACCGGGCUCACGAACGAUCAGCUGUGCUGGCAGGAGUUCCGGUUGCGACCGGACGGGUCCGAUGCGGCCAACUGUGGCCGCAAGGGCGAUCCGUUCAUUUCGUUGCAGCGCAGCAACAACAUCUAUCUGCCGUACCUGGUGGGGUUGUACAGUCACGACCAGCAGUGUGCUGGUGGUGAACCGAUCGUCGCCACGCGCAUUUCGUCCUACAUCAAUUGGAUUAGCCUGUACAUGUAA